GCGGGCGAGUACACCCUCUGAUGAAUAGCCACGUGUUAAAUGAGGGAAAUGAAGCGCUGCGUUUCAUAUCUUGAAAGUUUACCGAUGUGAGCUGGUAGGUAGUUGCAACACAGAUCCAUCCGCAACCGUCUUUCAGUUUCCCUCACUCCCUCUGACUCAGAAAACAGAGCAACGAAUCACAAAUCUUUAAUCGGUCCAACAUCUCCAGGUUUUCCUGUUCUUUUUAAAUGGAGAAAUCUAAUGGCAGUAGAGCAAGGCAUAUUAUUGACAGUUUGGUUAGCUUCUUGCGGAAAUUCAUUUUCCGUAUUCUUUCAGUUGGUCCCUUACCAAAUCACAUUGCUUUCAUAUUGGAUGGGAAUCGAAGAUAUGCUAAGAAGCUGAAUUUGAAAGAUGGGGCUGGCCAUAAGGUUGGGUUCUUGGCUGUCACGUCCAUGCUCAAGUUUUGCUAUGAGUUGGGUGUAAGAUAUGUAACAAUUUAUGCCUUCAGCAUUGAUAAUUUUAAACGGAGACCUGAAGAAGUUCAAUCCUUGAUGGAGCUAAUUCAGGAAAAGAUAGAAGGAUUGAUUAAGGAUGAGAGCAUUGCCAACUGUUACGGAGUAAGAGUUUGCUUUGUAGGGAAUCUAAAACUAUUGAGUGAACCUGUCAGGUUGGCAGCGGAGAGGGCUAUGCUGGCUACUGCACAAAAUUCCAAAGCUGUUCUGUCAGUCUGUAUUGCCUACACUUCAACCCAUGAAAUUGUCAAUUCUGUCAAGGAAUCAGUUGAAAAGAAAUGGAAUGAAGUUACUGUGCUGGAAGCUAGUGGAGCAGGUUAUGGUUUAAUUAAGCUUGGAGGGAUUGAUCAAGAUGAAAGUGAGCCCCUUAUAAAACUUUUAGAUAUAGAAAAGCAUAUGUAUAUGGCAGCUGCACCUGAUCCUGAUAUCAUUAUCCGUACUUCUGGUGAGGCCCGUUUGAGCAAUUUUCUUCUAUGGCAGAGUGCAUUCUGCUAUCUGUAUUCACCUUCUGUGCUCUGGCCAGAGAUUGGCUUGCGUCACUUUCUUUGGGCAGUUUUUAACUUUCAGCGACACCACUCAUAUUUGAACAAAAAACAGAAACAAUUUCAGCAUCUUUUGCAGGAUAGUUUCUGAGCUUAUGAACUUUUAUUUGGUAGUCUUGGUUUAUCACUCCUUGUUCUUGAAAUACUCUCAACAAUAAAGGAUUUCAACAUGGGCUGGAACUUGUUUUUGGUGUCCUGGCAUUUGGUAUAUAACUUAGAAAUUACCGGUACAAUAUAUUAUUGGUCACCAAAGAAGGAAAAUACUUUCUAGGUCUGCAGUGUUUCUGUUAACCAAGUUUGAGCAUGAUUUUAUGGUUUUAGUUGAUAUUUUCGGAGAAUUCAGGUGAUCUACUUUAUGUGUACUAUACUCAAGGUAUCAGUUAGAACUGCCUAUAAUAUUUUCUAAUGCCUUUGCUCUGAGAUUUGUUCAGAGUUGAAAAGAUUAGGGUGUUUCAUUUGAAAGACAAAAAUUGCAGCCAAACUAGUAGCCUCUUUUCAGGUUAGCCCUUUUUUCACUCGUGCUUGAAGUCAUUGAUGGUUGAUAUGUCAUACAUAUUUUAGGUUUAUAUGUAAUUUUAAGUACCUGUGAGUAUCUGUUGACUUCAAGAUGGCUUGCAUACUUGUGAUUUCUUUUGCUUUCAUCGAUCUCAUGUUAUGAAAAUACUUUUGAGAAUCUCUCAUUUGUUAUGUAGAUCAACACAUUUGUUGUAAUAUUGAGUUUUACUUCAUACUGCU